AUGCGCUCUUCGACAGGCCUAGUCUUUCCUCCGUUAUCCUCUCAAUCGCCACCGGGAAAAGUGCUCUGUGAGGAGGAACUCGUAGCCGUUGACCUUUUGACCCCGGGAUGGCCCAUUUUUGAACUCCCCUACCUCAACUGUCUCCACGCCUCCUCUCUCACAGCAUACGGCCUCUUCACUCAGGUCGAUCCUGUCUUCUUGGAAGGUCUCGAAUCGAUCAGUGGAAAAGGAGAUGCCGCUGGUAGGGCUCCAAAUGCUCCAGGCAUUUCAACUCGUCCCUGGCCAAUUAAAGGGGGUUACGGUAUGGGAUCACCCAAUUGCAAUAACGAUUCCUUGAUACCCUCAAAUGACCUUUUAAUAACCGGUCACGAAAAUGGUGUCGUUCAAUUCUGGAGACUCGGAGCCGGUUAUUAUGCUAGAAAAAUCUUUAGUCUUUUCACUGGAUCUCUCUUUGAAGGUGAAUUUGGACCUGAUUCUUUAGGGGAUGCUAAUCGGGGUGUUGAUGGUGAAACGGAGCCCUGGCCGCCUUUCCGUCUAGUCGGACUCUUUGAUCCAUUCAUGGAUGAUGUUAGAGCCGCUAUCAAGGUCAUUCAAUUAGUGGACCGAACGCUCGUGAUUGGAGGUGCAGCUGGACAGGUAUCAGUGUGGCAAAUAUUGGCAAGCAAACCCACUAUGAUCACUCUCGAUAUACCUAUUGCGAUAGAGGUGCCUGGAUUCAGAUGGAAAGGACAUGCUCCACUUACUCUUCGUCAACAGCAAUCAGACACGUCUCAGCGUCUACUAGGCAACAGUCUCUUCCCAAUUGCUCUUGCUCUCUGCCAACCUCCUUCUCCGGUAACCUGUCUCUCUGUUUGUGAACUCAACGACAAAUCAGGUGGUAGCAGCAACCAACAGCAGAAUGCCUCAGAGAGUAGUUUUGGAGUUCUAGUUGGCAUUGGAUCAGCCCACGGCUUCGCAUUGCUACACAUCAAACAGGAGGCACCAGGACAAGCAACUGGUAGAAGUUUUACUGCCAACCUCGUUCUCCAUCACUCGACUAUUCCAGCGAAUGCGGAGGCGCUGGAGGAAGCGUCGAUAGGUGAUGGGUGGGCUCGAAGACGGACACGGGAAUUGAAGAACUCUCUUCGAGACUCCUUCAGACGCCUGAAGAGGAUGAAGUCGGGAAGAUCGACUAUCAAUUCUCCCUCGGCUGCUCCAACUGUUAGUGUUAAACCAGUCACGGCUGGGUCACCCCCCGUAGCUCCGAAGUUCAAUGAUUCUGCGAGAGUUGGACUCAGAAAGAGUGUCACUAGGUCAACAUCCGGAGCUACUCGGAAUAUUCAACUUCGUGGAAGUCUAAGGGCUUCUGCUUCUCGUAUCCAAGGCGACUCUGUUGAUGUCUCAAUGAAUCAUUUCCCUACUGGUGGUGAGCGAGAGAUUUGUGAUCGUCCAACUGCCACUGCCAACACCGCACUUGUCCGUUGCAUGACCUUCGGACCUCCUCUCCACCACAGGCUCCGUCCUCCAACCGCCUCCUCGACUAACACCGUUGGUGCGGCUGGAAAUUCCACCGGCGCAGUUGAAACUCCUCACCUUCUGGCCAGUUUCUUCGCAGGUACUAACGGAGGUGCCGCCAUCGUAUACGCACUCUUCGCAGACGACCCCAAACGCCCUGCUCGUAUAUCUUCACGGCAAGCCACCCAGGUGCAGCUGCAACAUCGAGCGCCGAUUGUCACCCUCCGACUGAUCGACACCAAAACCCACUGUCCCCUCAUAAGCUCUUCCAUAUAUUUGCCUACAUUUUCAGCACGUCACCACACUUCCUCUCACCAUUCACAACAACCCCCUCCGCAUCUUAUUGUCAUCAGUGAAGAACAAGUUCGCCUAUUCGCUCUUCCAUCGAUAUCCCUCAAACAGAAGGCCCGAAUCACUGCUAAAGAUGGUUUCCGAAUUAAAAGUGGCGAUAUUAUAGCUUUCGGUCAGACAUCUGGCGAACGAAAUGCCGGUUUGUACGGUAUUGAAUUUGACUGCGUUUUUACAAAUAAUGGAGGGCAAGCGGUGGUCUUGUCAGUGCCACAUUUGCGCCGAAGAGACACCAUAGCCAUGUUGGGAGGUUCUGAUGUACUAGAAAUGAAUUCCAUACUAUUCGCUACAGCAGCAUCAACGCAGCCAAAGAUUAUAGGGGCUCCUAGUUUAGGUGUCUAUCAAAUAGCCCCAGGUCAGCUGGCUAUGUUUGACGUUAUAUUGGCCGGUCAGAGGUGUUCAGCUUUGGGUGCGCCCUAUCAAACAGUGAAUCAAGCACAUCGGACAGGUCCUCACAACACCCCCAGUCCUUCACCACGUCUGAAACAGAGAUUAAUCAAGGCUCGGGCUGAUACUGGUGCUAGAUCUUCUCCUUCAAGAGCAAACGGAACCGGAGUAUGA